GCCCUCGAUUGGCUUUCUUUGCGGAAGAAUGUCAUGGGCUAUCGCAGAAUUUACAGCCAGCUACGGGAGCUCAAGGAAGAGAAAAUGUUGACCGCGGUCAUGGAAAGAGAGAGCCAAAAUGGCUUGCUGGAGACCAUGCCGGAGUACUACAAGCUUCUUGCAAAGGAGUUCGAGAGCGAUAUGGAGCUUCUCUUCGAGCUCUUCUGUGAGGUGGAUGAGUCCAACAACCUCCUCCUGGAGGAGCGAGAGGUGGAAAUCAUGCUCCGCAAGAUGGACACCGCUGCAACUCAAGAAGACUUACGUCGGUAUGUGGCCGAAAUCAACUUG